UGGCAACAAUCAGCGGCCGCAGUUCGUGUUCGCACUGCACACGUAUAUCAUAACAGUGCGCACUUUCCGGUGGCGCAGUAGCAACGGUUAUUAUUUAUGGUCAUCGACUCGAUCUAACAUAAUUUAUAACUACCUCUGCUACCUAAAUUUCCAUUUACAACUCUACCAAAUCCGGUCGUCACGCGUCUCGUCCCGUUCGCGUCUGGUUCACGGAGCUUGUAAAACCGUUUUUUUUUCGAUCGAAAUACAUCCACGUUAUCGGUGUUGUGUCGAAGAUAUACGUGUGGCCGGACGCUGCAACUGCAACUACUACUGUCACCACUACUGCUACCACUAUUACUUAUACUACUUUUUAGUGAGCUAAAAUUAUUUAUUUUAUUGCAAUGGAUCAAAAUCCGCAACAAGAAUCGCGACUGAACGGUGACAUCGCGAAAAGUCUGUCAACCAUCACGAUCGAUGUGCCCGCUAAUAACAGUGGUGUUGACGGUACUACUGAACAGCAGCCGUACGUUCGGUCCAUACCGUCGUCAUAUCUAGGAUCUACGCCGUCACAAUCAUACCUCGGGUCCACGCCACCACAGUCGUUCCGCAGACGGUGCGACUCGAUGAGCGCUAACGAGGAUGGCGACCAGAACGAGUCCAAAGUUUUAGUUAUCUAUACGGGUGGUACCAUCGGCAUGAUACGAAAUGACGAUAACAUGUUGAUACCCACGCCUAGCAACGGAAACUCCACCGAUUUUCUAAUGGAGCACAAGAUGCGCCAAGAUCCCAGGUUGUACGACGCAAAGUAUGCACAACAUAAGUAUGGAGCGUCCAUGAACUGCAGUCCACUAGUUUUGCCCCUCGUCAAGGGAUUCCGGAGAAUUGUUUAUUCGGUGUACCAGUACCCGGAACUAUUAGAUUCGAGCAACAUGUGCAUGCGCGAUUGGCGAUGCAUAGCUGAAGACAUAUGGCAAGCAUACGAACUUUACGAUGGAUUCGUUGUAUUGCACGGCACCGAUACGCUAGCGUAUACUGCGUCCGCACUGUCAUUCAUGUUUGAGAACCUUGGGAAGACUAUCAUCAUUACGGGUGCUCAGCUGCCGGUAUUCGAUUUGCGUAGCGAUGGUAGUGACAACUUCGUCACCAGUUUGCUGAUGGCAGGUAAUUAUUGCAUCCCCGAGGUGACGAUUCUGUUCCAUAACAAACUAUUGCGCGGAAACCGUACUGUCAAGGUCGACUGCGAGAGCUUCGCUGCAUUCGACUCGCCCAACUUGGCGCCAUUGGCCGUCAUCGGGAUCGAUAUAAAUGUGUCGUUUAGACAGAUCUUCCGACCGAGGUCCAUCGAGAAAUUUGCGGUUCACCUGCAGCUCGACGAGAACGUCAGCUUGCUGCGCAUUUUUCCCAACAUUACAGCUGACACGGUCCGGACGUUCCUGCAGCCACCUAUCCGAGGUGUAGUGCUCCAAACAUAUGGAGCUGGAAAUUUACCCGGAAAUCGUUCCGAUAUCAUGGCGGAGCUGAAGGAUGCCACUGACAGAGGCGUCAUUGUGUUCAACUGUAGUCAAUGUUUCAAAGGAUCAGUGACGGCCGUAUACCAAACGGGACAUGUGCUGAAUCAGGUUGGCGUUAUAUCAGGCAACGACAUCACGCCUGAGGCUGCACUCGCAAAGCUCUCGUACGUAUUAUCCAAGGACGACUGGGACCUGAGCACCAAACGAAUGAUGCUUGGGGCAAACUUGAGGGGUGAAAUGAGCAGUGGACCACCAAAACCUCCACGAAAAAAUCGCGCCGCGGACGAGUGGGAUUUAGUAGACGCUGUAGCCCGCACGCUGUUACACGUGAACGGUUCACAAGAAUUGACCGCACUCGGGGGUGUUUUGUUUCCAGCCAUGUUGGGAAACGCUGUCGCUCGUUCCGACUUGAACAAACUGGAUGAACUCAAAGGCUUUGGAGCUGACUUUUCCGCACAAAAUGCUGACGGCCGUACAGCCUUGCACCUGGCGUGCGCUUUGGGAGACGUUCGCAUCGUCCGGUACUUAUUGUUGAACGGAUCCAGCGUACACAUAAAAGACAAAUUUGAUAGGACGCCGUUAAUCGAUGCCGUCGAAAACGACCGAAAGGACGUGGUGGCGCUAUUACGAAGGUGCGGUGCUCAUUUAAACUCGCCCGCUAAGCACGUCGGUCAACAGCUGUGCAAUGCUGCGGCCAAGGGAAACUUGCAGAGGUUGCGAUCUUACGCAGCCGCUGGAGCCGAUCCGAUUUCUGCCAAGGACAUGUAUGGCAGAACGCCAUUGCACGCAGCCGCGCUCACAGAUCAAACGGAAGUGGUCGAGUACUUGCUGUCGUUACAUUCAGCUGUCUUCACGCUUGGACAUGUGGACGCCGGUCUCCCGGCUGAUCUACUUGGCGUUACUCCAGUGGACGUAGCCCGGGCAGCUGGUCACGCGGUUCUCGCCGAAAGACUUCAGCAGCAUUUCAACAACUGCAGCGGACGUGCAAAAAAGCAGUCACCGCAGCAGUGGAAUGGUAAUGGAGUGGAGAUCAAGGAAAAGGCGUAGCCUUUUUCCUAUAACUAACGUGGGACCGCUAGACCUAUAUAAUCACCUGUAUGAUUAUUAUUAUUUUUAUUAUCAUCAUCAUUAUUAUUAUUAUUAUUAUUAUUAUAACUCGUAUCACUAUUAUUAUUAUUAUUUUAUAAAAUUA